AAUCGCGGUUAAAAGCUUAUUUAAUUUCUAGUUCAAUAAACCAAACAUGAAUGCUUACAAAUCUAUUCCGAUGUGUCUGUUGAAAACAAGCCUCAAUUUUGUAGCAGAAUCUUAAUACAUUUGAUAAUCUUAUUAACUGAAUCAAUGUUCAACAGUUAAAUCUAUUCGUCUUAAAUUGCAGUAUUUAAGUAUUUUGCUUAAAUUAGUUGAUUUUGAUUCAAAGAGAUGGCAUUAUAUUGAAUUGCUUUAUGAUAUGAAUGAUAUGAAUUAACUCGGAUUGUUAAAAGCUUUUUGUUAUAAUUAUUGAUUUGUAUUUUAUUUCGUUAAUAGUUAGUUUAUUUAUAUGGUUGAUUGUAAUUUAAUCAAUUCCUGAUAAUUUUUUACACUUAAAAUUCUGUGUACUUUCAUGUCAAGUGUUUAAAAGCUGCUUUAGGUUAAAGUUUAAUGUCUCAAAUUGCAAAAAAGUUAACAUCAUCUUUCAACAAAUUUCAUCGAGAAAUCAACACCAAAGCAAAUAAUAUGUUAGAAACUAAAUUAAUUACCGGUAAAAAUGAUAUUGAUACGACAAUAAGUGAUUGUGAUGGAGUUACUUGAAUAGAGAAACGACCCAUUGAAGGAGCUGCAGAUUUCUCCAAGAAUAUGAGAUCGAUGGGAAAACGGAUUGUUUUUGCGACCAACAAUAGCAGCAAAUUUCGAGAAUCAUUACUGGCCAAAUUGAACUCGCUUGGAUUUGAAUCAACCAUAGAUGAAGUGAUGGUAACAAGUUUCGCUACUGCAAUCGCCCUUGGAAAUUUAUCUUUUACUGAUUGUCUUGAUUCGCCAGUUUUGAGGCUGAUACUGAAUCGGCUGGGUUCAAUGUAGUCCCUCCAUCUUCACAAAUUAAUGAUGACGAGGAAGAAGCUAAGCUGUUCAAUGAAGAUGGAAUCAAUUAUCAUGCUAUUCCAUUUGAUCUGUAUGUUUCUGCUGUGGUAUGACUUACAAAGUUUCCGCUAUGAAAUUGAUUAAAGCUAGCGCUUAUAUUUCAAGAGUAUCACCUGAUUUAAUAAUGUCUACAAAUACUGAUUUCUCGUUCCCUGGACCGAAGGGAGUCGUUAUUCCUGGGACUGGAAGUUACGUUCAAUCAAUUGAAAAUGUUACCAGGAAAAAGAUGUUUUCUAUUAGAAAACCAAAUAAGGUAUGUAUCAGGCAUAUUCAUCCAACUGUAAACCCUGAUCGAACUAUGGUUAUUGGAGACAGAUGUGAUACUGAUAUUGCAUUUGGUUAUAACAAUGGAUUUAAAUAUAAAUUGCUAGUUGGUACUGGAGUCAAUAGUUUAGCUGAAGUUAAACAAUUUGCCGAUGAUAAGCCUGAAGAUCUUAUACCAAGCCAUUUUGCUCCAAGCUUGAAUGGCCUGAUCAGAUUGAUAUUUACUGUACUUUUUGACUUGUUAAUUAUUUAGUUGUUUUAAUGGUUAUUUUAUUUAUUUUAAACAUUUCAAUCUUAA